AAGAAUAUCAUGGGGAACUUUGUCAAAGGCCUUACUGAAAUGUGUUCCAGAACCAGGGCUUAGAAAAGUUACUUUUUGGAUAAGUACUUUUGGAUAAGUACUUUUGGAUAAGCUCUGAUCAUGACAUAGCAAACACAUUUGGUAUAGGCAUACUUCAUCUUAAGUGUAUUCUUCAGCAGGGUCCAGAUUUUGGGCUGCAUUACAGGAAAGUCUGCAUCUAAGAACCAGUAACAUGCAGGCCCUGUGUACUCCUGUUCUCUUCUUUUCCCAGUUGCUGACCAAAGGACAAGAAUGGUAGAAAGUUUAGACCUUCUAGUUAUCUGUUUUGAAGAACUGAAAGGGAGCUUGUGAGUGUGCUCCUUGGGGAAAUGGCCUUCUGGUAAAGCUAGUUAUUAAUGAAGGCUGUAAUUCAAUAAAGAUGGAUCAGCUUAUCUUCCAAACUUCUUCAGAAAAAGGGGGAAACUGAGGUGGAACAUGAAGAGCUGAAGCUUUGGGAUUUUGGAGUAGGUGCAUUACACCAAGCUUGUGCAGAAAGAGAAAUCAGAGGGGGGGGGGGGAAGCAAAAUGUGUCUGGCUGAGCAGCUGUAGGGGGAGAAAUGAUAGACCCCCCCCAAAAAAAAUUGUGAACAUGAGUUGGAAGGAAGGAGGAUUUAAGAUUAUGAUUGUGCAAGAGUAACAGCAGGAGCAAUCUGUCCAGGUUGUUCAGAGAAAUGCUUUUUCCUCUUUAAUGAUAUACAACCUACCAUGUAUCUAAAAAAAACCAAGAGUGAUUUGUUAAGUCAAGGAACAAAGAGAUUAAAAACUGCCAAAUCUGGUAUGUGUUGCAGUUCCUCUCUGUGUGACAAUUAGGAGAUGGCUGUGCACAAAAUACUGUUUUAAUCAUGCCUUAUUUUCAUAUUCCCUAGAAGAUGGUGGUGAAGGCACCAAAAGCAAAAUCGUUCCUUCUGUUCUGCCACCAUCUGGUUUUAAUCAAGCCUGUUGGCAGCAAGCCAAGAGAGGCUUUCCCCCUGCCUGGCUUUGCUGUUUCCCCUGUUUCCUCCCCCACACUUCAGCAUAAGGUUCCCCUCUAUUCACUAUCUGAUAAGAGCAAAAACAGGUUUCAACUCCCUGGUUCAUCCUGUGGCAAGCAGAAUUUGCUGACAUCCGGCAGUGGGAUCCAACUAUUGGCUUGCAAAAUUGCUCACAUCCUUGAGUGGAGAGAGGGGGAAAUCCAGUGUGUCCGUCAUUUAACAUUUAUAUAUUGGGACAUAUCCCAAGUGGUUUCAAAUGCAUAUUGCGAACUUUCAAAACACUUUUGCCUUCUAAAGAAAUACCCCAUGCUACAUUGAUCUAAACAUUUAAUUUCUUUAUGUCUUUAAUGUUUAUCAUAGAAUCCAUGUCCAGAAUUAAAUUCCGGUUUUCUUUCCAAGAUAACAUUUUGGUGGUUCACGAGGUAAGAGUGUUGCUUCAAGUUUUCUUGUGUCUCUGCCAGAAGCCUCCAUUGUGUGUACAGCAAUACUGGAGUGGCACUGGUCCAAGACAUUUCCCUUUGUGCUCUUGGUUGCCUAGUUGCUUCCUCAUACACUACAGAAGUCCCAAGUUACAUUCAUUUGAUGUUACAGAACGAUGGAGGUAGAGGAGACUGAAACAGAGUCUACAGCACUAGUAUGGCAAUCCAAGGAUAUAAGAGGCCUCUCGAAGAUAAGGAUUUAUGGUCUUUGAAUACAGAAGAUAAAUCUGAUGUGAUUGUACAAAAGCUCCAGAAAGAAUGGGAUAAACAAAAACAUGAAAGACUGCAGAAAAAAGAUGUAUCCUAUAUGAAAAACUCAAACAAUGUGAUGAACCAUAUUGUUGAUGGUCCAGAAGAAACAGAAAUUCUUUUAAGUAGUAACACAGAGCAGAAAGAACCAUCUUUUCUUAAAGCCUUGGUCAAGACCUUUGGUCCUUACUUCUUAAUUGGCUCCUUCUUCAAAUUGGUCCAAGAUCUAUUGUCUUUUGUCAACCCCCAGCUGUUAAGCAUGCUAAUUGGUUUCAUUAAGAAUGAAAGAGCUCCUUCAUGGUGGGGGUAUCUUAUUGCGGCUUUGAUGUUUUUCUGUGCCGUGCUGCAGACAAUCAUCCUUCACCAGCAUUUCCAGUACUGCUUUGUUACUGGAAUGAGAUUGAGAACUGGCAUCAUAGGAAUGAUCUACAGAAAGUCUUUAGUUAUUACCAAUUCAGCAAAGCGUUCUUCCACUGUUGGAGAAAUUGUCAACCUGAUGUCAGUAGAUGCCCAGAGGUUCAUGGAUCUGACUACCUUCCUGAACAUGUUAUGGUCUGCACCACUCCAGAUAUGCCUUGCAUUAUACUUUCUCUGGCAGGGUUUAGGACCUUCUGUGCUGGCAGGAGUUGCUGUAAUGGUCUUACUUAUACCAUUUAAUGCUGUGAUUGCAAUGAAAACCAGAGCAUUCCAGGUGGAACAGAUGCGCUAUAAAGACUCUCGCAUUAAGCUAAUGAAUGAAAUCCUAAGUGGCAUAAAAGUCCUCAAACUCUACGCUUGGGAGCCAUCCUUCGCAGAUAAAGUUCUGGAGAUCCGGAAGAAUGAACUUCGUGUUUUGAAGAAAUCAGCCUAUCUAAACUCUUUGUCUACAUUUGCAUGGGUCAGCGCACCAUUUCUGGUUGCCCUGACCACUUUUGCUGUUUAUGUCACUGUGGAUGAAAAUAAUAUCCUAGAUGCAGAGAAAGCCUUUGUGUCUCUCUCACUUUUUAAUCUCCUAAGGUUCCCACUCAGUAUGCUCCCUCAGGUCAUUAGCAAUAUUGCACAGACAAGUGUUUCACUGAAGAGGAUUCAGCACUUCUUGUCACAUGAUGAACUUGAUCCAAGCUCUGUGGAAACCAGAUUAAUCGCUCCAGGAUAUUCAGUUACUGUACGCAAUGGAACAUUCAGCUGGGCGAAAGAUCUUGAGCCAGUUCUGAAAGAUAUAAAUUGGUUGAUCCCUAAUGGUUCUUUGGUGGCAGUUGUUGGACACGUUGGGUGUGGAAAGUCUUCCCUGGUGUCAGCUCUUCUUGGUGAAAUGGAGAAGCUCCAUGGGGAAGUGGCUGUGAAGGGUUCAGUUGCUUACGUUCCCCAACUUGCCUGGAUCCAGAAUGCUACCUUGAAGGAUAAUAUAUUGUUUGGUCAACCUCAUAAUGAACAGAAGUACCAAAUGGUUGUAGAGGCAUGUGCCUUGAAGCAAGAUCUGGAGAUGCUGCCUGGGGGGGAUCAGACUGAGAUAGGUGAGAAGGGCAUUAAUCUCUCAGGUGGCCAGCGACAACGGGUGAGCCUUGCCCGUGCUGUCUUCAGUGAUGCUGAUGUUUAUUUGCUAGAUGAUCCUCUUUCAGCUGUAGAUUCCCAUGUGGCCAAACACAUCUUUGACAAAGUUAUUGGACCGGAAGGAAUACUAAGAGAAAAAACACGCAUUUUGGUUACUCAUGGCAUCAACUUUUUACCUCAAGUGGAUCACAUUGUGGUUGUUGUGGAUGGUAUGAUCUCAGAAAUGGGGUCCUACCAAGAGCUUCUGCAACAAAACAGGUCUUUUGCAGAGUUCCUCCGCAAUUAUGCACCUGAUGAAGAUGUAGAAGAAGAUGAGCCAACAAUAGUGGAGGAUGAAGAGGUCUUGCUUGCUGAGGACACACUUAGCAACCACACAGAUCUGGCAGACAGUGAACCAGUGACAAAUGAAGUUCGUAAGCAGUUCCUAAGACAACUCAGUGUAAUAUCUUCAGAUGGAGAAUGUCCUAGCAAAAUGUCAACAAAAAGAAGGGUGUGUGAUAAAAAGCCACCUGAGCCUCCUGUCCCCAAAAAAGGUCCUCCUGAGAAGCUCAUCCAGGCAGAAACCACUGAAACAGGCACAGUCAAAUUUACUGUUUUCUGGCAAUACAUGAAGGCAGUUGGCCCCAUAGUUUCUUUAUUUAUAUGUUUCUUGUACUGCUGUCAAAAUGCUGCUUCAGUUGGGGCCAACGUUUGGCUUAGUGACUGGACCAAUGAACCUGUGAUAAAUGGUACUCAGCAGAAUGUGCACAGGCGCGUUGGAGUCUAUGCUGCCCUAGGUCUUCUGCAAGGGCUUCUUGUGCUGAUUUCCUCUUUUACCUUGGCAAUGGGUGGCAUUAGAGCAGCUCGCACUCUCCAUGCAGGACUGCUGGCAAACAAGCUCCACACCCCACAGUCGUUCUAUGACACAACUCCAACAGGCCGGAUCAUCAACCGCUUCUCUAAGGACAUCUAUGUGAUUGAUGAAGUGAUACCACCAACCAUCUUGAUGUUCCUUGGAACCUUCUUUACCUCCUUGUCAACAAUGAUUGUCAUUAUGGCAAGCACCCCGCUCUUUGCUGUAGUCAUAAUACCUCUUGCAAUCCUGUAUUUCUUUGCUCAGCGGUUUUAUGUAGCUACAUCUCGCCAAUUAAAGCGGCUGGAAUCUGUGAGCAGAUCCCCCAUAUAUUCUCAUUUUUCGGAAACAGUAACUGGAUCAAGUGUCAUCCGAGCUUACAGAAGAGAGAAGUCUUUUGUUUCUAUCAGUGACACAAAGGUGAAUGAUAAUCAGAAAAGCUACUAUCCUGGAAUUGUAUCCAACAGAUGGCUGGGGAUCAGAGUUGAAUUUGUAGGCAACUGUGUUGUAUUUUUUGCAGCUCUUUUUGCUGUGUUAAGUAAAAGCAAGCUGAGUCCUGGCCUGGUUGGACUUUCUGUAUCUUAUGCAUUGCAGGUGACAAUGUCUCUGAAUUGGAUGGUGCGAAUGACCUCUGACCUGGAAAGCAACAUUGUGGCUGUAGAAAGAGUGAAAGAAUACUCAGAAACUGAAACUGAGGCUCCCUGGGUAAUUGCAGACAAAAGACCACCAGAAGAUUGGCCUAACCAAGGGGAAGUGCAAAUUUCAAACUAUUCCGUAAGGUAUAGGAAAGGCUUGGACUUGGUGUUGAAAGACCUCAGUCUCAGUGUCAAAGGGGGAGAAAAGGUUGGGAUUGUUGGAAGAACUGGAGCUGGCAAGUCCUCUAUGACCCUCUGCCUCUUCAGGAUCUUAGAAGCUGUGGAAGGGGAAAUCAAAAUUGAUGGACUGAGAAUUGCAGAUAUUGGCCUUCAUGACCUACGAUCCAGGUUGACCAUAAUUCCUCAGGAUCCUGUUCUUUUUUCUGGAACACUUCGUAUGAAUUUGGAUCCCUUCAAUAAAUAUUCUGAGGAAGAAAUAUGGAAGGCUCUUGAACUCUCCCAUUUGAAGAGGUUUGUCGGCAGUCAGCCAGCUAUGCUGGAUUACGAAUGUUCAGAAGGAGGAGAAAAUCUUAGUGUUGGCCAAAGGCAGCUUGUUUGCUUGGCAAGAGCCCUCCUCCGCAAAACACGGAUCCUUAUUUUGGAUGAAGCCACAGCAGCCAUUGAUCUCGAAACAGAUGACCUCAUUCAGACAACUAUUAGAACACAAUUUGAAGACUGCACUGUGCUGACGAUAGCACACCGGCUGAAUACAAUUAUGGAUUACACCAGAGUUCUCGUUCUAGACAAAGGAGCAAUUGCUGAAUUCGACACGCCUUCGAAACUUAUAGAAUCCAAAGGGAUUUUCUAUGCCAUGGCCAAAGAUGCUGGGCUGGCAUAACAAGCUGGCUGGUACCAUCAAAGGACUGAACUGGGUUGGUGGAUUUUGGGUUUUGUUUUGCUUUUUACCCAAAUGCAAUACCUGAAUGUACUGUAUUUUUCAAAACAGCAUUUCUACCAGAUUAUGGUAAUACAGAAGCAAAAUGUUUCAUGUUGUGAUAAACAAAAAAUAAUAAUUUUAUAUUUUUAAAUAUAUUUUCUAUUCUCUGAAGUAUUUUUUUUAAUUGACAGAUAUCCUAAUAAAAUGGGAUGUGUGCAUGUAAUGUUUGUGUAUGAAUAGCAAGUGACUAUAUUCCAUUUUAUUUCUAGUAAAAUACAUCUAGUUAUACAAAA